GAAAGAGCCAAUUGCAUGAGAGAACUAGCUCACGUGAGACGAAGCGAGCCAGGUCUCGUCUUGUCACCCACAACUUUUCGUUCAAUUCGAUGUUCAGCUCCAAAACUCUGUGGUCAAUCAACAUAAGUUUUUCUUGGAAGACACACAUUAACAAAGGUAAUUAAAAAUGGAUCCCCCUCCAUCAUACCAGGCAUCAGGUUAUCCACCUCAACCUGGCUAUCCUCCAGAGCAGCCAGGUUAUCCGCCCCAGCAGCCUGGCUACCCACCCCAGCAGCCUGGCUAUCCACCCCAGCAGCCUGGUUACCCGCCCCAGCAGCCUGGUUACCCGCCCCAGCAGCCUGGAUUUCAAUCAACAAAUCAAACUUCCACUACAAAUACAGUGGUUGUUACUUCCCAGCCAGUAGUAACAACUGUGAUGCCUCUUGCUUUUGGUGAAUUUCCAGUCUCAAUGACCUGUCCCUCUUGUAGAGCUUCAAUAGUAACAGCAGUUGUCACCGAACCUGGAACAUUUGCCUAUCUGCUGUUUUUCUUGAUGUGCAUUUUUGGAUUUUGGAUUUGUUGUUGCAUUCCAUUUUGCAUCGAUUCUUGUAAAGAUGCAAUACACUCUUGUCCAAAUUGCCGUGCACAACUUGGUGUUUACAAAAGAAUGUGAGAAGAUCCAUAUGAAGGAAAUAUUUUACAUAUUUACCCUUCAUUUUACAUAGCUAAUUCUGUAGUUAAUUCUUAUGUUUAUUGUUGAUUAUUUAAAGUCAUUGUAAUUUGCAAGAUAAAUUUAUGGUAGAUGUGGUAGAAUAAUCUUCAAUCUAAAUACUAUUAUCAAAGUCUAAGGUUUGGUAUAUUAUAAGAAACUCUCUUGCAAGAAUAUUAUAACCACAUUCUAACGAAGAAAAAUUAUUGUUUAAAAAAACAUCCAUUUACUGUUUUUCCCCUCUUCUAUUUUUUGUGCCAUAUAUAUAUCAUAUCCAUUAAAAGUUUAAUCCUUUAUAUCUCAUCAAAACUUUGUGAACAGUGAAUUCGAAAAUUUUUUUUGCGGUACAGAAUUUGACAAAAGGAGUUCAGUUUCUCUCUUGGACUCCAUUGGUAAUUUUUCUUUAUGCUUGCGGCACUGAUUGGUCAACUAUACCGGUCUUGUGCUUGCGUCUUUCUGAUUGGCCUAUUUUGAUCCACAACUGGGUAUAUAUUUUCCAUCGUGUUUUUUCGGAACCUUAUUCUGACGUUUUAUGCUCUGAGGAGUGUCAGACGAAAAGCUUUUAGUAUGUCGUAAAAUGUUUGCUUUUUUCAAAGCCAUUUUCAAAUAGUGAAUUCGUACAAUUGCCAUGAAUUUAUCCUUUUAUUUAAGUCUUUACAUUCUAUUUACCCACAAAAUUAAACCAUAACCUAUAAAGUUCCCAGUUCACGUAGGAUCAAUUACUUGUUCUGUUCUGAAUCCUAUGUACCACAUACCCACAGGCCAAUUGUCUAGAUUUUGCUGCUAUUUUUCUGAAUCUGACUAGCAGACAAAUGACCAAAAGGCUAUUGAGAAAACACAAUUGUAAUAUUGGCAUGCUAUAAGGCAAUGUUUUGGUGGCAUGAUGAUCAAUUCCAAAAAACAUAUUUUCCAUUUGUCUGACCAUUAUCAUUCUGGUAAUUAAACAUUUGUACUGGUUAUGGUCUCACCCCCAAAGAAUUAACAGAGAGCAACAUUUUUCACAAAAAUACACUUAUAGUUUACAAAGAUAAGAUCUAUUGGUAUCAAGGUAUAUAAAAUUUUAUAUUUCGUGGAUUCUGUUUGUAAAUUUUACUGUGUUUAUGUGGGAUGUUAAUAGAAAUCAUUUUUCUGAUUAAAACUGUCUAUGUGGAAGCAUUUGUAUUAGUGAUAAAUUACACACAUAAAAGUAAUUGUAUUCAGAGAAA